AUCGUAUUCUUCAGAAUGCAUAUAACCACUUUAUUAUUUUUUUUAGCCACCUCAGAAUGGAUCCAGUUCUUCAAAGAUGCUGGGAUCCCUCCUGGACUGGCUGUCAACUACGCAGUGUCGUUUGUUGAUAACAGGAUUCAGAAAAGCAUGCUCAUGGACCUCAGUAAGGAAAUAAUGAUGGACUUGGGAAUUACAGUCAUCGGGGACAUCAUAGCCAUUCUCAAACAUGCAAAGCAUGUGUAUAGACAGGAUAUGUGUAAAACGACAACCGAGGCCAUUUCAUCUGGACAGACUAGUGUACAGGCUGAACUGAGACGUACUGCUAACACUCCUGCCACACGCAUGAUCGCCAAUGCUCUGAGCCGGGACUCCCCACCAAGCACGCCUGCUCGGCACCCUGACAACCGAAUUUCAGUAACGGUCUCCAACGCUAGUGCCAAAACAGUUUUCAUGCAGCAGCCAACAGGUGUGUUUAGCCGUCUGGGUGAAGCAGAGGAAGAUGAAGAGGGUGGAGGAAAGACAGAUGGUGUUGCAGACACUUUCGAGGACAAUGGCAGCGACGGUGAGGGCUCGGUGCUGCAAUAUGCCGGCGUCCUCAAACGACCCCCACCCACUUCUAAUAAAGAGACUGUAACCGCCAAAUCUAAACCCCUCACUCUGCGUCGACUAGGUGCAAAGUACAAACUCCCCUUAUCUGAAGGCACACCACCAAUCUCCUCCUCUACCUCCUCCAGCCAGAAGGGGACACCCAAACUGGGUGUACUGCAGAGACUGGGCAAGGCCCCGUCAGUCCACCCUACCUCUUCGACCCCUCUAGUCAGUCAGCCCGCAGACACCCAGGACAGUCGUGUUACGAGUAGCAGAAGCAAAGCCCAGGGCAGCUUUGCUCUGGCCAGCCCUAAGGUCAGUAGUAGCACAGGUGACACUCACGGGGCUCAGAUGGACGCUGGGGCAGUCAGUGUAUUCAAGAGACUGGGCGCCCGGAAAACCUAAUACCCAAAAAACUGAAAGGCACCCCUUUUUAUCCAGUUUGCCCCUUUUAUAACUUAAAACCCACCUGAAUUUCCGUUUGAGUGGAGAAACUCUAGGACCACACUUGAUGGAUUGGGAAGUCGAAAUGCUUUACCUCAUGGAGUGUUAUGAAUUGAUGAUACUGGGGGAAAAAGGGACAGCUGCAAUAUGUUAAAUGUCAGUGUGGACAUACCUGUUGUCCUUAUGUUUGGUUAUAGGAAUCAUGCUCUAUCCCCCUAUCCUACUUUUAUAGCUGCACUCCUGUGACCCUGUGAGUGAAACAUUUUUCCAGAUUAAAGGGGGGUUUGUAAUAAAGAUUUAUAUUACAAAUUUAGAUUUAUUUAUUAUAAAAUGCAUGGAGCCCAGCAUCAAAUGCUCGAAAUGUCAAGGUUUUUUUUCCCCACUACGGUAGCCAAGAGACUUAAGUAAAAACAUGUGCUAUGUUUACCACAAACACGGCAGCAUACCGAUUCCUCUAUGAAGUAAUCUCAUGUUCUUACCUCCUAGUUUUUAAAGGGAUAGUUCACAAAAAAAUUGUAAUUGUCAUCAUAUACUCACCUUCAUGUCAUUCCGAAAAUGUAUGAUUUUCUUUCUAAUGUGGAAUUGUUUUUUGAUAAAUGGAUGUCAAUGGGCACCAGAAUGAUUUGGUUUUCAAAAUUCUUCAAAAUAUCAUUUGUGUUCUGCAGAAGAAAAUAAUCAUACAGUUUUGGACAAGGGGAGAAGUAAAUGGAGACUCUCUUUAUUUUUUGCGUAGACUAUUCCUUUCACUUCACAGGAUUUUUAUAAUAAAACUGCACACAUGAGCAUUUCCAUUAAUGCGCCUUAACCUGUGGUCACUAGACUUUUAGAGGGGGAGAAAAAAAAAAAUAUAUAUAUAUAUAUAUAA